UGCUAGGUUUACAAAGCGCAAGCGGCGAAGGGAGAGGAGAGCGAAAAGGUGCCCCGCGUCGCUUCGUUGCCCGUUGCCGCCUCUCCGCCUCCCCAUCUAGAUCAAGGGUAUCAUGGUCUUGAACGAAUAUUGGGGCAUUCCCUCUGACGAAUCAGAUGACAGUGAUGUCGAGAUGGAGGAGGCUCCAGAAGUUCAGCCUGCUAAGCUGCUCGACGUUGAUAAGGCAAUUGAUUUCAUGAGGUUUGUCUUCAAAGAAGGGCUGGCUUUUCUGGACAAUGGGUCAGGGAGAUGUCUGGCCGACAGGAUGUUUGUGGACUUGGGAGGCUUCAUGGUGGAUACGAUUUUGGAGCAACCGCAACGUGAAGGUCCUUGUCGGAUGCGGAUGCUGAAGCCUAGUUUUGAGUAUGAUCUCGCACAUGCGUUUGCCAAAGAAGCACGGAAGGGUAUUGCCAAGGAACUCCAGGGGGAUUUCUUUGGGAUAUUUGUUGAUAUGUGUUCCCCACCUGAUACUUAUAAAUACUACAUGGUUCUGUUUGCGCGCUAUGUCAACUGCAAGGGAGAGGUUGUGGAGAGGCUUCUCGGGAUUGUGCCGGAUUCUGAUAUCUCUGACUCUGCUCCAUAUCUUAAAGCAGCAGCCCUUUCGAUGCUCUCUGAAGCUGGGUUGAGCUUGCAAAGUGUUCGUGGCCAAAGCUACGGCUUGGCAGGGUAUUCUGAUAAAUUUUUCAACCAGCUAACAUCGAUGGUUGAUGGUAAAUAUGCUUCUGCGUACUAUGGUCACCCUCAUGUCUGCCCACUACAUUCACAUCUUGUAGCUGCUUGUUAUGACCAAAGUGAACUUUUUGAGCUUAUCCGAACUUUUGGUGUGCUGUCCAAUCUAAUUCAGAAGUCACCUCAGUUCACUGAAAAGCUAUGCACCCUAAUUCAAGAGAAAGGGGUGAAUCUGGAUCAUGAUCUUCAGAAGCCCGGUGAAACAAACUGGGGUUCAUACUACGAGGCGAUCGAGAAGUUUGCUUUGUAUACCACUCCAAUCUGCGAUGCGCUUGACUCUGUGGAGGAAGUCUCCAGAGAUGAUGUGAAAUUCAUGGUAUACAAGAUAAAUCAAGGACUGACCUAUGACUUCUUCUUCGGGUUGCUGUUGAUGCAAGAUGUCCUGAGUGUCACGAAUGAGUUGUCACUGGCCUUGGAUAGGAAAGGCUGGGAUGCUGAAAAUUUUGUUGCACUUCUCCAGGAUGCUAGGAAGCAGCUGCAGGUUAUGAGGGAUGAGGGAUGGACACCUUUCCUCAAUAAAGUUGGCAUGUUCUGCAACGACAUUGAUAUGCCCAUGGUUACUAUGGGAGAGAAAUUCGUACCACGGAGAAGAUCCAAGGAUGCUGAAGGUACGACGAAGACUUACCUAGAUUAUUACCAUGUUGAUUUCUUCCAGAAGGUUAUCAACAAACAACUCAAGGAGCUCGACAGACGUUUUACCAAGGAAAGCUCAGAGUUAUGUCUCCUCGCAUCAUGCCUGAAUCCACGCAACUCCUUCCAAUCUUUUGAUAAGGACAAGCUUGUGAAAUUUGCUCGGUUUUAUCCAUCCGAGUUCUCCGAUUCUGACACCACCACACUUGAGCUGCAGCUUGAAGCCUUCAUAAGAGAUGUGCGCUCUGACACCAGAUUUCUUGAGAUGGACAUGCUGAGCAGCCUUUCCGCUAGAAUGGUGGAGACAGGCAAGAACAUUGCAUACCCUCUGGUUUACUUGCUCCUGAAACUUGCGCUCAUCCUUCCUGGUACGCCUGCCACUGCCAAGACAACCUCUACUGCAAUGAAGUUGAUAGAAAAUGCGAUUACUAGAGAACCAUGCAACCAGUGGAUCAGUGACUGCUUGCUGCUGUUCCUGGAGCCAGACAUAUUUGAAAGCAUCACCAAUGAUGCUGUGAUUCCAUAUCUUGAGGCUGCUGGGCAUACUGAACCAGCUGCCUAG